CGGGAUCAAACACGAGUUCACAUCGUAUAGUACCACAAAUCCACAGUUAAGUGUUUCAAUGUCAUCGAAGAAUUUGGGGAACUGGAAUGGAUUAAAGAUCAAAAUAGAAUCAUUUUGAGAAAUUCGAUCGUCUUUAAAAUUUUAGCGUCCGAGUUGUGGGCCUAUCUGAAAUGAUAUCGGUGGCUCGAUAGCAGUAUAAAGACUCGCCUUGGUUUGACCAUUUGACAAUAGAAAGUCUUCAGUAGAUCAAGUCAAUACAAUCUUAUCAUCGUCAGGUCGUCAGUUUUCUAUCUAUCACAAUGCGGUCCAUGUCAGUCACUCGUGUUGCCGUGGUGCUCCUUGGUACCCUUUCGUCUCUCCUUCCUCUGGCCAUCGCCAACCCUGUCCUUGCGCCUCGAGCCUCAGUGCCUGGCCCUCCUAAGGACCCACCGCUCCCAUCGGGUGACGGGUCCGGCGAAUAUAACACCAUAUGGCUCUGCGGUCCAAACGAUUACAAAGUUAGAGCGCUCCUUGAAGGCGGAGUGCUAGCGUUCGCCGCGAAAGGCUGGUGCCAAGCGUCUCGAGCCAUGAACCAUUAUCUUCUUGACAACGGCAAGGACCUAAACGAGAACGUUGCAAACAUGAUGGAAGACACCCCCGCGUUCAAGAAAGCCGUCCAUGCUCUUGCUGAGAAGGAGGCGAAGGACGCCGUCGAUUUCAUCGGCCCCUGGGUGACCAAGACGUUCAACAGCGGUUGGAAGGUCUGGCACGCGUGGAACAAAGAGAAGAACGAAGCCCAUAACCUGGACUGGUACUACGCGCUGGGCGAAUACAGCUACGCGGUCACCGGCGUCCUCACCAACGGAGGCACCGGAAAAGUCAAGCUGGAAUGGAAAGCGCACAUCUUCGACCGAUACAACUGGGAUAACUCCGGCAAGAAGCAGUCAUUCGGUCCCAUCUCGGUGACCCAUAAGGAGAUCGGUCACUUGCAUAAAUGCGGCGGCGCGCGAGAAUAUGUGGUCCGAGGAUCGAGCAAGGAACAGGUGGUGAAUAACUACAAUUCGAAGAAGCCACUCCCGGCUGUGGACACGAGUGGCUCGUCAUCGUGCUGGUGGCAGCCAGCAAAGGAAUGAAACAUUACGUCUCCAGAAUUUAGGAUACGAACUUGAUGUUGGACGAAUCUUUUCUCGCAUUAUUAAACGGCAUGUAUGAUCUGACGGAAUUAGGUAUCAACAUGAACGGUCUUGUUGCAUAUUUCGAUGUCUUUGGUGGUGGGAACGUCGGGUUUUGCUGAGCCAUUAUAGUGUGCUCUUCGUUCUGCUAUCCUGAGGAGAACCAUGUGGAUAUAUACCGUCCACGGGCCACCAUGGCUCCUCGUCUU